CACUUCAAUAUCUAAAAUUAUUUUUAUUUGUACCCCAACUUUUAAUUUAUUUGUAUUAUAAUAAACAUACGAUAAAAUGGAUAAUUUAAAUAACAUUUUAAAUGAAACCGCCGCUCUCGGUGAUCAUAAAGUGAAAACAGAGAAAUAUAAAUCUAUCCUUCAACAACUCAUUGAACAAAAACAAAUUGCACCAUUAAAAACUUUUAUUACACAUUUAACUGAUGAAUCAACUCAAUUAGUAAUUUCACGUACAAUUUUAUUACAAUUAACUCAACUUUAUAAAACUUUACCAGAAGAUAUGCAAAUGGAAAUUAGUAAUUUUGUUUUAGAACGUAUUCAAAAUAGAGUUGUAGCAUUUGAAGAGCAAGUUUCAGAAAUUCGUUAUAAUUUAGCUAAAUUAUAUGAAGGUCAAGAAAAUUGGAGAGAAGCCGCAAGAUCUCUUAUUGCUAUUCCAUUAGAUAGCAGUCAACGUGUUAUUUCACCAGAAUAUAAAGUUAAAAUUUAUGUUAAAAUUGCUCGUUUAUUCUUAGAGGAUGAAGAAUCUGUUCAAGCCGAAACCUAUAUCAACAGAGCUUCCGAUUCAAUUCAUUUAUGUAAAAAACAAAAAUUACAAUUAGCCCAUAAGACAUGUCUUGCAAGAAUUAUGGAUUAUAAAAGAAUGUUUUUAAAAGCAAGUCUUAGAUAUUACGAUUUAUCACAACUUUUACCAAAAGAUGGUGAAAGAAUGUAUGCAUUAUCAUGUGCUAUUAUUUGUGCAAUUUUAGAUAAAGCUGGUCCACAACGUUCACGUACAUUAGCAACACUCUACAAGGAUGAACGUUCACAACAACUUGACGUCUAUCCAAUUUUAGAAAAGAUGUUUUUAGAAAGAAUUUUAAAGAAAAAUGAAGUUAAAAAGUUUGCCGAAGAAUUAAAACCACAUCAAAUGGCAUUACUUUCCGAUGGUAAUACUGUAUUGGACAGAGCCGUUAUCGAACACAACCUUUUAUCAGCCUCAAAACUUUACAAUAAUAUUACUUUUGAUGAAUUAGGUUCACUCUUAGAAAUUCCAGCUGAAAAAGCUGAAAAAGUUGCAUCACGUAUGGUCAGUGAAGAACGUUUAGUUGGUUCAAUUGAUCAAAUUGAACGUUUAAUUCAAUUUGAAAAUGUUGGUGAUAGUCUUUCUCAAUGGGAUAAAAAGAUUGAGAGUCUUUGUCUUCACAUGAAUAAUAUUAUAGAAUCAAUAUCAAAAUAUCCAGAAUAUGUAGUUUAAAACCCCAAUAUAAUAAUAAUUAAAUAAUUAAAAUAAUAAUAAAAUAUAAAUGA